CGCGGCGACGAAGAGCGCGCCAAAACCGUGAGAGAGAGGAUCGCCGGAGGAGGACGAGCGCCGAGGACGUGACGUUUAGGCAGUCGCGAACAUGGCGUCUCGAUCGACGGGCGGAGGAACCAUCCUCGCCUCGGGAAUCAGAACGCGAGAGCGCAAAGAACGUAAGCUAUACAGUGAUGACUGGGCUCUUGGAGACGAAGAGAUCGAGGGUCACCACACCUUCGACCUCGAACAAAAAAUCAAGACAGACAAAUUUGACUCAUGUUUUGUCAAAGACAUGACUGAUCAUGAAUAUACCUUGGCGCAUGUCCAGAAGAAUGGAUUUAAUUGGCCCUUACUCUUCAAAGACAAAUCGAAGUUGGGCAUUACGAUACCCAGUUCGGACUUUACCAUAAAUGAUGUGCGACUGUGUGUAGGGUCGCGGAGAAUGCUUGACGUGAUGGAUGUGAACACACAGAAGAAUGUGGAGAUGACAAUGAAGGACUGGCAACGAUACUUUGACAGCCAGGACAAGGACAAGCUGCUGAAUGUGAUUUCCUUAGAGUUCUCCCACACCAAGCUGGAGUCACUGGUUCAGGCACCCACAGUGGUGCGCCAAGUAGACUGGGUUGAGAGAGUUUGGCCUAGACACCUGAAGGAAGCACAGACAGAAGCCACUAAUGUCCUUGAGGACAUGAUGUAUCCAAAGGUCCAGAAGUAUUGCCUGAUGUCUGUCAGAGGAUGUUACACAGAUUUCCACAUUGACUUUGGGGGCACUUCUGUGUGGUAUCAUGUCCUGAGGGGAAGGAAGAUCUUCUGGCUGAUACCACCUACAGAACGCAAUCUGCAGCUGUAUGAGCAGUGGGUGUUGUCGGGCAAGCAGAGUGACAUUUUCUUCGGGGAUACAGUUGAAAAAUGUGCUCGAAUAGAGCUCAAGCAUGGCAGCACCUUUUUUAUUCCCACUGGUUGGAUUCAUGCAGUAUAUACCCCAGAGGAUUCCUUAGUUUUUGGAGGGAACUUUUUACACAGUUUCGGCAUAGAGAAACAGCUGCGUGUUGCUCAGGUUGAAGACGCUACACAUGUACCUCAGAAGUUCAGAUAUCCUUUCUUUACGGAAAUGCUUUGGUAUGUCCUAGAGCGCUAUGUCCAUGUUUUGCUUGGCCGCACACACCUCACCCUUCCUCCUGAUGAGCAGCAGAAAUAUGAGAGAUAUUUGGCUUCCAAGAAAAAGAAUAAUAAUAAUAAUAAAGUUAAAGGGGAGGAUGAAGAAAGUGAUGGAGGAGAGGAUGGGCCUGAGGAGCACAUCCAUCUUACUCAGUAUGAAUUGCACGGCCUCAAAGCAAUUGUUAUGUACCUCCAUGCUCUGCCCACUAGCAAGAAGUGCGUGCCAGAGCUCAUCACAGACCCCAUAGCUUUAAUUCGAGAUGUGCGCACAGUUGUUGAAAAGCACCGAUAUGACAGCCCAGAACUGUCCACAACAAGUCGGCCAGUGUUGGAGUGGUGGCCCCGGGAAUCAACAAAGUUUGGUGUGAAACGACCACUUGGUGAUCCAACAGCAGGUGCAACCAAGAGGAGACGAAGAAAUUCCGAUGAGAACAAAGUGGUCAGACUACCUCCCAAUGCUGCCAAAAUUAGACACAGAAGAGUGAGAUGUAAAUAUUGCGAGUCAUGUCUAAGAGAUGAUUGUAGACAGUGUGGUUUUUGCAUGGACAUGGUCAAAUAUGGUGGGCCAGGUACCAUGAAGCAAACCUGCAAAAUGAAGAAAUGUACCCAGCCGAUGCUCCCAGUGACUGCUGUUUGUUAUGAGUGUCAGCUUGAUGGAUGGGGACGAAUGAUAGCAACCCCACCUCAUAAACCUCCUCCAAAUGUGCCAAGUGGCUUGUUCGAGUGCUGCAUCUGCUACAAGAUUUCACAUCUAAAGUGUUUGUCAAAUAAGUAUGAGGAUGCGGAUGUAUGUCAACGAGAUCUACCCAACAGCUGGGAAUGUCCAGAAUGUGUUAAGAAGGAUAUAAUAAGGAGUACAAAAUCUGGAUUUGGCAUGUUAAACUUAGCAGUUAUUGAAUUAGAACGACACCUCCCAGGAGCAGAAUAA